CACGUUACAUCAGCUUACCAAAGCCACAAACUCUCUAGGAAAAGCUUCUUGUUCCAAUACGUACCACAGGUUGUUGGAUGGAUCGAUCCUGCGCCCUUGACGUACCUGGCAUUUUCGAAAGAGCACCUUUCGUUGUUAGGAGUUAGGACUAGGGCCGUACACGGAGUUCUCUGGCCGGUGUAGUCUUUGAACUGAAGCUAGAGCUCUUGUACUGCAUCAUCCAACGUCUCGUUGAGCAUGAAAAUCAUGGCAAAUCCAUUUCCAACCUUCAUCACGGCGGCUAAACACCACUACUCUGACGGCCUUAGACUCGAAAACAAAUGCAUCAAUACGCAUGUUACAAAAGUGUCCGUCAAACCUCCACCCCCCGAAUUCGAUUUCAGAACCGAAAUCUUGAGUGGAUCCCAAACCGCAAUUGCUGAAACGCAUCCGGAGUUACUUGACUUGGCCAACAAUGGAAGCUUGGUUCUCGUCACCAAGAACCAGUACGGUCCAGUGCCAAGCUGGAGAACAGAGUUCGCUGAACCAGAGGCCAUAUGGCUAUUUGGAACCACCCAUAUUUCAAAGGAGUCUGCCGAUGAUGUUGGAAGGGUCAUUCGUGCUGUAAAGCCUGAUAAUGUCGUUGUCGAACUUUGCAGAAGCAGGGUCCACUUUCAGAGCUGGGAUUAUGUACACUUGUAGCGAUGGGAAGCUAAAGAAGCAGUUAAGGUCGAGCAUGUUUUCUUUAAGUGGGACUGGAUUCUUUGGUGCAGUUGGUCGCAGCCUAGGCUUGGGUAUGUUCAUGGACUUGGCUCCGUAUUCGCAACUCUUUAUUCAAGUCUGUGUCCAUAGCCGAUUUGAUUCUGCUCUCCAUUGCACAGGUGGUCAAACUGCUUUAGCAUUGCGCCUACUGUUGGCAGCAUUCUCUUCCAAGCUAUCUUCAGAAAUUAAUCGACCUUUUGGAGAUGAAGUACUCUCUCUACUUAUCAAGAGUAUAAACAAAUGCGUAUUAAAAAUAUAUCAAGUCAUCAAUUUUUGCUUCUCUUCUUCAUCCUUUUUUAUUCUAUUCGUUUCCCCAUAUGAUGAGAACUUGGAUGGAUGGCUUGAUUUGCAGUUCCGUGCUGCCCGAAAGGCUGCUGAAGAAAUUGGUGCUCAGAUGGUACUAGGAGAUCGCCCAAUUGAAAUUACUCUUGAACGGGCAUGGAAUUCUCUGAUAUGGAAGGAAAAACUGAGUCUGUUGACCUCCGUUAUUGGUGGAUUAACAUCAUUGUCGGACCUAUCCAUGAAGACAUUAAAGGAAUCAAGCGCUCGGGAAGAAAACUGUUUCCAGCUCUAUGAGCAGUUGAGCUUUUCAUAUCCAUCGCUCCUGCAGCCCCUCAUACAUGAACGCGACACGUAUCUAGCAUGGUCUCUGAAGAGGAGCAAAGCUGUGAAUAAUAGUAAGCAAGUGGUGGGAGUAAUAGGAAAGGGGCACAUGAAUGGAGUCAUAUACUCGCUGAUAUCGGAUCAGGGGAACUUGCGGUUCCGGGAUCUUGCAGGACAAAGAGCUUCAGGAGAUGGCUCCACUUGGCUUGUUCGUGCUCUUAGAAGCUUGAUCAGGGACACUGCACUUGGCAUGCUACUCUGGUUGCUCUACGAGAAGAUUAAGACUGGGUGAUCAGUAGUAAUGCAUACGUUCAGAAUUUAAUUUACUACCAGGAGACGAUAUAUCUGAGCUAAAACCUUCCCGCAUUAUCUGGAACACGCAACAACAGGCACAAACAAUUGUGUUCCAUUCCUUUUUCUUACUAAUCCGAAUUGUGCUGCUGCCCUGAUAUUCAUAAUUUUCAGUCACGCAACUAUUUGAUCGCGGAUCAAGAAUUGCCCAGAAACGGAUUCCUAGUUUCUUUGGUUA